AUGACUAAUCCUCCAAUAAAUUCCUAUUUCGAUAGACAAACUUACACAUUUACAUGGAAUAUAUCUACCUAUGAGAAUAUUUCAUUAACAUUUGUUGCUACAGAUAAUAAAGGAGCAAGAAGCGAGCUUGCACCUCAAAUUAUUAUGUGCUAUUGCUCGAAUAAUGGCACAUGCGAUUACGCAGCCGAAAUGGUUACUGUUGAUAAUGUUGAUCAAGUUGAAUGUAGAUGCAAUCCUGCUUGGACUGGUAGUCAUUGUACACAAGAUUUUAAUGCAUGUGCAGAUCAACCAUGCUUCAGUAAUGCUACUUGUACGGACAAUAUCGCUCCGAUGUCUGGCUAUACAUGUAGUAAUUGCCCAAUAGGUUAUGUCGGUGAUGGCUUGAAAUGUUCUGAUUAUGACGAAUGUUUAAAUGGCACACAUGCAUGCAGUCAAACUUGUAUAACGAAGAGGGGAGUUACAGUU